GGGAUUUGACGUUCCCUGCACAAGUGUAUGAAGAGAAUUGGUUUAGACUAGUUCAGCGAAAGGGAGCUGUUUAUCAAUGGACUCAGACGCAUGGAGGUCUGAGAAUGCAGUUGCCAGAAUUUCCCUCCUCCUGAAGGGUGGUACAGCAGGGAGCUUCCAGGAUCUGCGCAUCCCUCUAUAUCAGGCUACCAGGACUCAUGAUGCUCCUACUAGAGAGAACUGAUUUCAAGGACUUUCAGAAAGAAAAUAGACGUUUCCACCUUUGUUAUUCAGGUUCUUCCUUUACAGGGGUUUCUACCGCUACACAACGAGGAGAACUUCCCUGUGAAUCCUAAGCUUCGGGUAGGAGACUGAUGCUGGAAGGCACAAGUGUUAGAAGAUCAAGUCUGAUGUACUGCUGCUACGGCAAUCUAGUUGGAAGAGGAUGUAUUUGCUGGAGCUCCGUGGCCUGCUUGCUCUUCGAUGACUUGAGGGACCUCACAGCUGCCAGGAUUCAUUCUGUCAGGAUCACAGAGGCAACACCCUCAAUGCAGAAGAAGGAAGACAAGGAACCAUUGAUUCGGGAGGAGGGGAACACGCUAUGGACAGGCUCACCCUCCCCAGCCUGCCGUCCCUGUGGCACAGAGGAAAGGGGGGCUGCUGGAUGGACCAGCAGAACAAGCACGAGGGGAAAGAAGACAAGUUUACUUUCUCUGCUGAAAUUCUCUGAAGUGAAUUCUGACUGAAAAGAAGUGGCGGUGAUGUAACAUUCAGAAGCAUAAAUGAUGUUGUUAUAAACGUGUACCUCCGCAUUAGAUCCUGGAAGUGCGGAAUUGAUCGGAUGUCCUAGCUGUGGCGUGCACGGUGGAGCACGGCUGCCCCGCACCAGGCAGGAACCCAUCGCAGCAGCUGGGCAGGGCCCCACGCUGGCAGGCCAUGGUGAACCCCGGCGGCAGCUCGCAGCCGCCCCCGGUGACGGCGGGCUCCCUCUCGUGGAAGAGGUGCGCCGGCUGCGGGGGGAAGAUCGCCGACCGCUUCCUGCUCUACGCCAUGGACAGCUACUGGCACAGCCGCUGCCUCAAGUGCUCCUGCUGCCAGGCCCAGCUGGGCGACAUCGGCACCUCCUGCUACACCAAGAGCGGCAUGAUCCUCUGCAGAAACGACUACAUCAGGUUAUUUGGAAAUAGUGGUGCUUGCAGUGCCUGUGGACAGUCCAUUCCUGCUAGUGAGCUGGUCAUGAGGGCGCAGGGCAACGUCUAUCAUCUUAAGUGUUUUACAUGCUCUACCUGCCGGAAUCGCCUGGUCCCCGGAGAUCGGUUUCACUACAUCAAUGGCAGUUUAUUUUGUGAACAUGAUAGACCUACAGCUCUCAUCAAUGGCCAUUUGAAUUCACUUCAGAGUAAUCCACUACUGCCAGACCAGAAGGUCUGCUAAAAGGUCAGAGUAAUGCAGAAUGCGUGCCUUCAUCUCAAAUUUUGUUCAUCACAGAUGGAUCCCAUGUCUCCAAGUAGACAAGUCACCUUUGUAGCUAGCAUCAAUGCCAGCUCCAUACCAUUGCACCUUCUUUAUUCUUGAUUGCCCUUCCCACAUUUAUUGGUGUAUUAAAAUGACUGAAUAUGAACAUUAAGGACUCCAUGAACCUGGGCUAAUGGGAGACUGUAGAGAAAAUGAAAAAAGAUCCACCGGAGGACAUCUUGGGGGGGCGGGUGGGGAAGAUGACUAAUGAAGCUAAUUAAAAGAAGCAUUGAAAUCUGCUUUCUACCCUCAUUAACAAUUAGCAGGGCACUGGCCAGUUUGUACCCUGUGUUUUACCUUAACAACAUUCUAUUUGCUCUUUGUAUAUUUAAGUGUUGUAAGGAAAUGUGUUGCAAUCAAACUGAACAUGAGAUAAAAGAUGUGGCUUUUGUGAUAUUCUAUCACAAACACUUUUAUUGUAUCUCUGUAAAAUACAAUGUAUGUAUGCAUGUAAGUGUUUUUGUCCUAAUGUUGCUACUUCCCAUGGCAAAAAAAACAAGAAAAGAAAAGGAAAAAAAAAAAGUCAGGCUCAUAGCAGCUACUGUGUAGAAAUUUUCACCUACUUCUAAUUUGCUGAAUGAAGAAAAAUCUUUUAUUUGUGAUAUUUUCAGAGACAUUUGCUCUAGUAUGGUGUAUUUAAAUAAUAAAAAAGUAAAACAACACUGAAUCGAGUUAUGGGUUUUAGACACUUUGCCUUUUUUUUAACUACAUUCAAAACAUUGUUCUGAGGCUGUAUCUUACGUAGUCAUGACCUGAAUACUUGAGUACCUUUCAAAGUAGUUUCUUUGCUUGGAUGGGGUUUUUUUCUUAGGCCAGUAAAGAGUCUGUUUAACUACUUUACCAUGUUACUUUUGGCAAGGAUGCAGAGCAGUAUUUCAAAAUGAUCUGUAUUUGGCAUUUUGAUCCUUAAUUCUGUACAGUUUAAUCCAUGCUGCAGUGAAGGAUGGGACGCAUACAGGUAGCAAGGUCUCUUUCCAGCCAGCUCCCUUUUGCAGCAUCGCCUGCGUUAAGGAUGUGCGUGUGUCUGAGCACACGGAGCAGGAGAGUGUGUGUGCACACCCUCAAAGAGGAAUAACAUAAAACCCAACACAGGGCCUGUACCUCAUGCUGAGCACUAGAAUUGAGUAUUCAUGGAAAGGAAUACAGCAGCUGUUCUGAUCUGAGCAACAUAAAGUUGUGUUUGCUGGGGUAAGAGUCUAACUUCUCCACACCAAUAAUCUUAAGGAAAGAAAACCAAGUUUCCUGGGCUGUUUCUGAGAACUAACUGAUCUCAAAUAUGAUCUGUUCUCUGCGAGCAAGCACAACCCGCUCCCCCAAAGCAACGCAGCCUCCCCUAAGCUUUAGAAAAGAGAUUUUCCUGUCAGCUGCUCAGCGCACAAUAAUUCUGAGGAAAAAUUAUUCCGAAUUCCCAGGUUUGUGGCAAGAACAAUAACAUGGAUCUACGGCUGCCUUCAUCAGGAAACUGCACACACCUGGAAUGUGCCUCUGCUGCAAUUAAUAACAAAUCAAUAUUAACAACUGCUCUACUUUUACAGGAGACGAAUACAUCUGAAAUACAUCAGGCUUAAGUUUUCCUUUUUCAUUCUGCUCCUGAGGUGGUGCUCAGUGUGCUCAGUUAUGGAGCGAGCCUGGCUCUUCCUUCUUGUGAUGCCGAGACACAAAAAGCUGAUGUACAGAUUCGUCUGUCUGAACAACCAAGAGCAGAUUUCGUUAUUUAUUUAUUUCAAGAUUCUACUUCUUGACCUCCAGCACAUCGGAGGGCUGCUGAAUUGCUUCUUUUAACACUUCAGUGCUUGAGGAAAAAUAGGACCGGUGCAGAGAAAAGAAAAUGUCGUAACGUAGAGUAUCAGGCGGUAAAGACAAAAGAACACUUGCAUAACACAGAGCAAUAAACCGACUGAAGCUCGGUACGGCUUUUUAAUUAAAUGCACUUAGGUAUUUUUUAACUAAGUUUCUGAGCUUUUUGAUCUGGUGUUGAAGUCUUUAAGGAGAGGCCUGCAAAUUGCGCUGCUUUGAAAAGACACUUGAAGGCGUGUGAAUACAGAAUUCAAGUAUUAGAGAGACUGUAGACAUCUUCCUACAUGCCUUCAGUGUGAGCACUCAAGGUACGGUGUUUAACGUGCAGAUUUUGGGUUGUCCAAUAUAACCUCGAAGUGCUAAGAAGAUAGCUAAUAACUUUUAGUAAGUAACGUAGGAUCGCAUUUAGUGCUGUAGAGGUUGAAGUUCAUUAACAGCUUUAAAUAAACUAUUAUAUGACUCGUUUGUAAAGCACAGCUACCUAUUUAAUAGCUUACUUUAAAAGCAUUUCUUAAGUUGCAGACCUAUAAGAUUACAAAUGUCACUCAUGUUAGCAUAAUCCACAUGCGAGUGAUGAAGCCUUUGCUUUGAUGUGCUAAAUUGGAGGAGGACUAAUGGAGCCAUGAAUAUACAAUAGAACAUAUUUAAGUAGUGUUCUUGCUUUAGGUAAAACACUUUCUUGAAACCAGAGGUAUUUCAGACAAUAAACCAGGCUCAAAUGGGGACGGUAGGUGUGGGCAGAAGGCUGCUGGCACCACUUAGGUUUGUCCUUACGUGAAAAACCACUUUCUGGGGAGAUCUGUAAGGAAAAAGAUGUACUUGUGCACCUUUUAUCUAUCACAUGCAUUUGCGAUGCUGAGGCUGAAAUACACCCUCUGCAUUUAGUGCUGCUGAAAAGUCAUACAAAUAAUCAUUCAGUAAGAGCUUCCCUCACUUCCAGAAAUGAAUGCUGUUAAAAAAACCACCAAAGGAAAUAUUUCUAAUCUGAACUCAUCCUGGUGAACCUGGAUAAAAGGCUCUGUCUAUGCUGCAUCUGAAUGUCUCAAUCAUAGAAAUUGUCACUCUUAUUAAUGAAACAAUUCCGUAAAAAGAUUGCCCUCUAAAUGGGUUUAAUGUUUUUACCUAUCCAGCUGUCUAGAGAUGAGAUUUACGCAUCCUGGCAGGCAGGGGGACAUUAAGCCUUUCCAAACCAAAUUCUGUUUGCAACAAGAUACUGUCUUUUCAGUCCUACAUGAUUUAUCUUUAAAUAUUUUAACAGGUUAUGCGGUAUCUUAUGAAAUAUAAAAUGAGAACGUCUUACCAAAAUGAAGCCAUGAAAUUAAGUCACAGCUUUAGAAUAUUAACCGCACUGAGUGCGUCUCCCUUUUUCUCUGUUAGUCAACACUGAUAAAAUUUGCAUCAUCUAAUUUUAGGGUAAAUAUUAAGGAAAAAAAGCCACCCAAGCCCACACCACGGCCUGGCACAGUGUGAGCUGCUAUCAAGCACCAUCAGACAUUUCCAAAGGGCAUUUUAAUUUCAAUUUCUCUAUCAGGUUCUUUGGCUGGCAGUUGUUUGUCAAGUGUGAGGCUUUUUGGAAGGAUCUACAGUCUGAACAGCUCUAUUAAAUAACAAAUAAAACUGAGAUAGGAACAUUUAUGUACAUCUAUUUUUUAAGUAUUACAUUUCUUCAGUGUGAAAUUACGUGUUCCGGGUCCGAUGUCACUGCCUGAGCCUCCCGUACGUGAAGUACCACAUAACCACUGUUGCUGCAUGUUGCUGUUAGCACCAGGUGUACGCCUAUUGUCAGUCCAGCUAAGCCACAGAAGAGCUUAUUGCAAUUAAAUAGCAAUUUGUUUCUAUGAAACUGCAAUUAAAGUAUUACUGAUCAGCCAUUUUAGAUUGGCAGUGCUUUGACUGCAUGUUAAACAGUGAGGAGCUCUCGAUUUAUUUCUGCAGCCUGAGCUGCGAGUAACAGCGAAGUGUAACACGCUCACCUAUGUCCCUUGUCAAGUUGAAAGUAUGAGUCCUCUGUGAAGCACUCUGAUCUCAUCACGAACAUGCUGAGAGCAAUGACAAGUCAGGGCUGAUCUCUGUAAGUUGAACUUGCAACUUACAGGACCUGAAGUUAUUACUGUUUUCUGUUCCUGUAUAAGCAGGGAUGUGUACGCUUCCUACAGGGGAUGUUUUCAACUCCAGAUUGAUUCUGUUGAGAAUGGACUGCAAGUUGUGGGCCGCAAGCCAAUAAUGUACUGCAGGUCCUGACUUGUUAGAGCUGUGUAAACAGGGCUACUAUAGCUCCUUAAUCACAACUAAUAAAAGACUAGAAGAAACCAAUCAAUUACCUUAUAAGUUGUUUGGGGUUUUGUUUUGGAUUUCUUUUUUAAUAAAAAGCAGAAGUUUAUCUGCCGCAGCUUUUAUUGUCACACUUGUACAACAGAUGAGACAGUCUAAAGCAGUGUCAUCGCUUACCUGUGCGCACCCCGCGUUGCUGGCGGCUGUUCGCCUGCGACAUUCCCGGGAAGCUCCUGCCCUCGAGCCUGGCAGAACCCGCCAGCCACUGCCUCGAGUCCCCGCCGAGCUCACAGCGUUCGUGGUUGGCUUGAAAUCUGAAAUGUAAAUUUUUAGUGCAAAUUAAAAACUUGUUUGUAAGAACUCAAA